AUGGAUGAAUCAAAUUUAUGGGAAAAAACUGUAUAUUAAUUAAAAGAAAAUGAAAUAGAUACAAUUUAAUUAUUCAGGAGUGAUUAAAGAAAAUCAAGAACUUAAAAAUUACCUAUUCUUAUUUCGAUUUUGAAAGAAAUAAAUAAUUCAUCAAAUUUAUUUGAUUUGGCAAUACGCUAUGAAAAAUACAAAACAAAAGAAUAAACGAUAUCUUAAAAAGAAGAAUAAUACAAUGAACUUAUGAUGUCAAUAUCAUUUUAAUAAACUAAAUGUCAUAUAAAUCCUUAUGUAAAAAUAUUUAUUAUAAAAGCAAGAUGCAUAAAAGAAGCAAACUUUAUAAAUUUCUGAUUAAAAAAAUGGAUAAUUUAAAAAUAUUAUUAAUUUACUAGAAGCAACCUAUUUGAAUAUAUAAUCAGAUUUGGCUAUUAUUCAAUAAGAAAAUAAAACAUUAAAAUAAAACAUAAACACUUAUUUUGAUAGUCUAUGGACAUCAAGUUUAAUUAAAAAUACUGAAGUUAAUGAACUUAAUUAUGGAUUUAAAGAUAGGUAGGAGCACUAUUAGGGUAUUUAAUUAUGCAUUCCAACGAUGGAAAAAGAAAAAUAAGAAUUAAUAAAUUUAAAACAAAAAUAAGAAGUCUAAAUUUAAAAUCAAUCUCAAGAUUUAGAGAUUUUUAAUGCAUUUUAUGAAAAAUACUAUGAUUAAUAAAAUUAUAUUUCUCAACUCAAAUUGGCUUAAUAAUAACUUGAAAAUUAAGUUUCUAGUUUAAGUGAUAGAAUUAAAAAACUAAAAUAGGCUCAAGAAGUAAUGAAUUUGGAAACAAAAUUUGAAUAGUUUUGUGACUAAAUCCUAGCUCUAUAAAAUGAAGGGAGAUCAUAAAUUUUUAAAAAUUUUAUAGAUUUUAUUGAAAAGAUAAAAUUGAAAUUAAUGAGAAAUCAUAAAGAAAAAACCGAAUAAACUUACUUAUGCUAAGAUAUGAUUGAAUUUGAAGAAUAAAUAUUAAGAUAGGAAAUGUAAGAAUUCUGUUAGAAUAAAAAUGAAUAAGAAUCAAAAAUAAAAACUUUAAAAUUAAAAUAAAUAUUUUAGGAAAAAAUUCAAAAAGUUAGAAUUGAAUAGUAAAGGCUUCAAUAAGAAAAUUUUGAUUUAGCUAAAAAUUUAUAAAUUCUAAGCAGCAAUUAGUUUUAAUAAAAACUUAAAGGUUUAUAAGAUUUAAAAGAACAGCUCUAAAAAGAAAAUAUAUUAAAAGAAAAGGAAAUUAUGGNAAUACGCUAUGAAAAAUACAAAACAAAAGAAUAAACGAUAUCUUAAAAAGAAGAAUAAUACAAUGAACUUAUGAUGUCAAUAUCAUUUUAAUAAACUAAAUGUCAUAUAAAUCCUUAUGUAAAAAUAUUUAUUAUAAAAGCAAGAUGCAUAAAAGAAGCAAACUUUAUAAAUUUCUGAUUAAAAAAAUGGAUAAUUUAAAAAUAUUAUUAAUUUACUAGAAGCAACCUAUUUGAAUAUAUAAUCAGAUUUGGCUAUUAUUCAAUAAGAAAAUAAAACAUUAAAAUAAAACAUAAACACUUAUUUUGAUAGUCUAUGGACAUCAAGUUUAAUUAAAAAUACUGAAGUUAAUGAACUUAAUUAUGGAUUUAAAGAUAGGUAGGAGCACUAUUAGGGUAUUUAAUUAUGCAUUCCAACGAUGGAAAAAGAAAAAUAAGAAUUAAUAAAUUUAAAACAAAAAUAAGAAGUCUAAAUUUAAAAUCAAUCUCAAGAUUUAGAGAUUUUUAAUGCAUUUUAUGAAAAAUACUAUGAUUAAUAAAAUUAUAUUUCUCAACUCAAAUUGGCUUAAUAAUAACUUGAAAAUUAAGUUUCUAGUUUAAGUGAUAGAAUUAAAAAACUAAAAUAGGCUCAAGAAGUAAUGAAUUUGGAAACAAAAUUUGAAUAGUUUUGUGACUAAAUCCUAGCUCUAUAAAAUGAAGGGAGAUCAUAAAUUUUUAAAAAUUUUAUAGAUUUUAUUGAAAAGAUAAAAUUGAAAUUAAUGAGAAAUCAUAAAGAAAAAACCGAAUAAACUUACUUAUGCUAAGAUAUGAUUGAAUUUGAAGAAUAAAUAUUAAGAUAGGAAAUGUAAGAAUUCUGUUAGAAUAAAAAUGAAUAAGAAUCAAAAAUAAAAACUUUAAAAUUAAAAUAAAUAUUUUAGGAAAAAAUUCAAAAAGUUAGAAUUGAAUAGUAAAGGCUUCAAUAAGAAAAUUUUGAUUUAGCUAAAAAUUUAUAAAUUCUAAGCAGCAAUUAGUUUUAAUAAAAACUUAAAGGUUUAUAAGAUUUAAAAGAACAGCUCUAAAAAGAAAAUAUAUUAAAAGAAAAGGAAAUUAUGGAACUUUAAUAAAUAAAUUAGGCAGGAUAAUUAAUGGUUGAAGAUUUAGAAAAAUAAAUAAUUAAAAAUAAAAAUAAAAAUCAAAAAUAAUAGAAUCAUUUUAGAAGAAAAAAUAAAUUAUUAAGUUGA